AUGCUGGCGGACAUCAUGACGAAGCCGAUCGCGGCGCCGCAGUUCGACGCGCUCAGGACGAAGCUGGGCAUCGUGGUCGCUGACGAGUCGAGUGGGAGUGUUGUCAAGACUGAUGUGACGACGCCCCGCCAAGCGACCUUGCCGUGCGCUGCCGAUCCGUCCUCUUCUGUCCUCGGCCGCCCUAGAUCUGCGAGAUUGGUCGUCGAUCCGGGCUUGGGUCUACGUCGAAUCACGCCGCAGUCCAAGCGCGAUCGCCCGUAA